UCAACACUUGCCUUGGUGCUAGAAUGUUAAAUGAAAAUAAUUGAGAUGUUCGAGACGAAUUGAUGCUUUCUUGGCUUGAUUGUUUUCAAACAAUCAGGAAGAUUUGCAUUAUUGAUUGGCUGGAACUCCUAAGAAUUGAAUUCAUAGCAAACACACAAGUAUUCUCCAUGGCUUUCUUUGCAGCUUCCAAAACCAUUUUUGGUCCAAUUCUAAUCUACCAAAUAGUCGCCGCAAUUGCAGCAGAAUGUAUUCCAAAAUCAUCCAAGUUCAUCACAAGCCCCACAGGACUAGCCUUCAGUAAACCUGGGACUGUUAUCUCUCAUGGGUUUUAUUCAUCAGAAGAAAACUGCCUGAUUGCUUGCUUUCUGAAUGUAGUUUGCAUGUCCUUGAAUAUCGCCUUAAUGAGAUCUUCUGAGGGCAUUAUGUGUGAACUGUUAAACUAUGGGAUAUCGGACUUCAACAAUUACCUCAAGCCAAACGAAACUUUUAGGACGACAAUUAUCGAGAAAAUGCUGAAGGGAACUGUAUACUAUAAGCUUGUACUGCUAUCAGCGGUCGCCUGUGCAGCACAUGAUACAUGUGAAGAGCCACGACGCAGAAAUGCUUUCUUCAAGCUCAGGCACAAAGAUCGAAUGCUGAUAGAUCACGUGAUAUUAUCCCGUGACGUCACAAGUCCAACUCAUUGUUCCAUGGAGUGCUUGUCCAAUCAUCGCUGCGCUUCCUUCAACUUGAAAAAGCAGGUCGAGCCACCACAUGUGUGUGAGCUAAACAACCAAACAGCAGCCGCGACACCAAACUCUUUAGUGAAAAAGAAUGGAAGCGAUUACUAUGAUAAAGGCGAUAAUGAUGUUCCAACUGUAUGCGCCUCUUCGCCAUGCGCCAAUGGAGGAACAUGCUCUGAGUCAUGUGAUCUUGUUGGCUACCGCUGCGCAUGCCCACCAGGGUUUGGGGGAAAGGCGUGCCAAAUAUGGGAAGGAGUUAACGGCUCUAGCGCCCAGUCUCCCGGUCGCUCAUGCCUCCAGCUGAAGGAGAAAGGUUUCGCCCGAGGAGACGGGAAGUACUGGAUUCGACCAACUCUUUCUGUGCAACCGUUCAGUGUAUUCUGUGACAUGACGAUCGAUGAGGGUGGAUGGACUCAGUUGAAGAAAAUUGUUUAUCAUUCAAGCCUCUCCUCAUAUUUGAGCACAACUUCUGAUUACACUGGAAUUACAGACACUGCCCCCAUAAAUCUUCACGUCAACACUGACGGCAUUCUCCAACUCCAGAAAGACAUGGGCUUUGAUCAAAUCCGCUUCUAUUGCCACAAACAGGCAAAUAAUAAGACAUUCCACAUUAUGACAAACAAAGACGACAAUGGACGCAAGGCCGUAAGGUGUCUCAUAGAGACGGUGGACCCACGGCCAGCCGCCUGCGGAUCGUUCACUCGUCUCCAUGACGAUAACUCUAUCCUGUCUCGUAACUGUGCAAAGUGGGGAGAUACCUGUGACGGGACAAACAACUGCGACUUCUGGGGACAUACUUCUUACACUCUAAAUAUGAGGCUUUAUCUUCGAGCGCCCUGGUAUGUGGACCCACCUCCACAUGGAAUAGUUCGAACAUUCGGUUGUCAAACUGGAACUCUAGCCCUUUGGUGUGAUGAUCAUACAAAUGUUAAUCUUAUUCCUGGCGAUAAGUUUGCGAUUUACGUUAGAUAAGUUUAAGGUUCUGCCACUUUUUGGUCUUUUUAAUACUUCCUUAGGUCAGAAAAUGACUGUAGAUGGUUAGUAUUGCUAUUGACAGACGCGCGAAAUUGAAAAGUAGGAGGAUUGACAUGUGAUAUAAACUGGUUGGCUGGGGAUAGAAGCUCAUGUCAACCAGUUAGUUGCGCGCUUCGAAUCAUUAUUCACAGAUCUGUCAUGGUAGCUACGGGUGUCAUAAGUCGCACUCUACAGUGGAAAAGAUAUUUGAGACCAUGCAAUAUAAAAGAAAUCGUGCCAAAUUGUCCUAAAAUACAUGUUGCGUGUUUGCCAAGUGAGCUAGCUAUAUGGCUUAUCAAUUGCAUCAAUAAGUGCCCAAUAGCACGCAUGAGCCGGCAAUCAGUGGCGCACUUGAGCGCUGAUUUGAUAAGGUUGUAGCAGCCGUAGCCUGACCCCAAUAUUUCACAAAAAAUAUUACCAUUAGGGGCAUGGCUGUGCCCCAAAAGAUUUUCUUAAUCUCUCUUGCUUCUUGCCUCACCAAAAUGACAAAAUAUACUAUUUCUUUAAAUUGCUUGAUAUUUACAUGAUUUGCUGCCAACUUGCCUGAAGUUAAUGGAAAAGUUAUAUGUGUUUUUGUUUGAUUAGCCAACUCAUAUUGAUUAAGUAGCCUAACCGUUCGAUGAAGAAAUUUAUGAAACGGGAUAGGGGAGGAAUAGGAAUUGACCCCUAAAAAGGGCGUUGUCCCCAUCGUUUUUAAAUGGUACUUGAGUGUUGGAAAUCGAGGACCUAUUCCCGUUCUGUGAGCAUUAACUAAUGGCAGAAAAUUGGAUCUGACUUCGCGACCUUUGCAGGUUACUAAUUAUCAUUUAGUGAAACUUUUUUAGCCAGGUAGUAGUUUUAGAACAGCGAGUGCAAAAAUGGUUGGAAUGCUGUGAAUCAUUGUAACCACGUAUGAAGCUUUACAUGCGCACUAGCACAACAAGUAUUUAGUUUGAUAUCACCGUAGUCAGUAGCAACCAUGUAAAAAUUUCGUAAUUCACGGCAGUACCAGCUAGCACGCCCAGGUAGGGAGGUCGUCCCUCGUACUCCCUUUGUCAGUGCAAAUAGCGAAAGGCAGUAAGACCAAUCAAUGGUUAUGGGUAUAGGUAAUCAUUUGCAAGAAUAAGGAUGAUAAGUAAUCUUAUCGCAUACGUUAUUCACAUUUUCCAACAUUCAGUUGUAAUUUGACGAUUUAUUGAUAGCAGAACAUAUUUUAAAAUAGGUUGUACGCACAUUUUUGUAGUUGUUGUUUAUGAGGAAAGGCUUCCAGUGGGUGUAAAGGGAGGAUGUUUUCAGGAAAAUUUAAAUAAAUAUUGGAAAAUGUU